AUGUUCCACGAAGGUAGAAUCAGUAAAAUCGCCUCUAGGGUCGUCCCACUGCGUUGUCUCACUGUCGUCAUCGUAAUUAUGGCCGUUGCUGAAACCCUCGGUCCCGCCGAGCGCCGCGCUGGUUGUGAGGCGCUGCCAAAUCGAAGGAUUGACCACGCGGUACGUGAGCAGAAUCAGGGCAACGGUCUUCCAGCCUUCGAUGCGGCUCGCGGGGAAAUGGAGCCGAAAAACAGUAUCCCUAGCAAAAAGCUUGUGAAUACUGUCCAGCAAAGCAAUGCAGUGCUGUCCAUUGACGAAGCCGUUCUCACGAAUUCGGAUGCGGAGCCAGCUUCUUAUGCGUUGGGUCAGGGUUGUCGUCUCGUUAUCGAUUGGGGUGGUCCCGGGUGGCACUCGGACUUUCAUGGUCAGGAGGAGAGAGCCGUCUGA